AUGAAAUGGAAGGAUCAACGUUCCAUCAUUUGCAAUCCGAGAAUACAUUUGAAAGACCUUUUUAAAAACACCCCUCGUUUGACAUCUACCCAAAAUUGGCUUUGGAUUGAAUCAACAAUUACACGAGUAAAUCUCCUAAAAGCCGUUUUCGACCGGGGGGUUCUCAAAUACACUUCUAAUUUCUUACCUCUGAAUAUUCCCAAAAAGACUUAUCUUUGCUCAUCUAAUUGGAAAACGGAUCUAAAGGAUAAUCCGAUUACAGAAAUCGUAAUCUACAUUACAAUCGCAAAAAUACAUGGAAUUCUGCUUCAUUCUAUGACAAUUAUGCUGGACACAUAG